UGACAUAUAUUUCAGUGCUGUGGUGGAAGUAUGGGGGAUGCGUAUAACAAAACAUCAGUUUGACAGCAAUAACAAAGUGUAGAAAUAAAUGAUGACACUUAUAACAUGCUGAUAAACUAUAUAUUCAAUGACAAACUGAGUAUAUUAGUGAGUGAUAACAUUAUCAUGUAUUUGUGAUCUCGUACAUAAAGGCCAAAGAGUAUAUAGAAAAAAAAUUUUUCUCAUCGCAUCUAUUGAUGCGUAUAAUUUCCUCUGACUUGAAUGUUAUCCUUUGUUAACGAAGCUUGACGUUUUACAAAACCUAUCAUGAUGAUUAUAGCAACAAUUGCUAUAACGCUUUGUUUAUUUAAUCCUAUUUUUGGUGUAGUUAGAUAUCAACCAGAAGCAGUACAUAUCGCAUAUGGAGAAAAUAUUCAUGACAUUGUUGUAACUUGGAGCACAAGGAAUGACACAACGGAAUCUAUUGUUGAAUACGGAAUAAAUGGUUUUAUUUCAAGAGAACAUGGAAAUUCUACGCUUUUUGUCGAUGGCGGUGAAAAGAAAAGCAAACAAUACUUUCAUCGAGUUUACCUAAAGAAUUUAACUCCCAAUAGUAGAUACACAUAUCAUUGUGGAAGUAAUUUAGGAUGGUCGGAUGUAUUUUAUUUGGUAACUGCACCCGAUAAUUCAUCACCAUGGGCACCUCAUAUUGUUCUCUUUGGUGAUAUGGGCAAUGAAAAUGCACAAAGUUUAACACGUUUACAAGAAGAAACACAAAGAGGUGUUUACGAUGCUGUAAUUCAUGUUGGCGAUUUUGCCUAUGAUAUGCAUACAGACGAUGCUCAAGUUGGCGAUCAAUUUAUGCAACAAAUUGAAGAAAUCGCCGCCUAUUUGCCAUACAUGACAGUACCUGGUAAUCAUGAAGAAAGAUAUAAUUUUAGCAAUUACAGAGCUCGCUUUUCAAUGCCGGGUGAUUCCGAAGGUUUAUGGUACAGUUUUAAUAUGGGUCCAAUUCAUUUUAUUGGCAUUGAAACGGAAGCUUAUUAUUUUAUGAACUAUGGAAUGAAACAACUCGUUAAGCAAUACGAAUGGCUUGAAAAAGAUUUAGAGGAAGCAAAUAAACCCGAAGUGAGAGCAAUUAGACCUUGGAUAGUAACGUUUGGUCAUAGACCAAUGUACUGUAGUAAUUCAAAUGCAGAUGAUUGCACAAAUCAUCAAUCUCUAGUUAGAGUUGGUUUACCUCUUCUCAAUUGGUUUGGACUCGAGAAACUUUUCUUUGAUUAUCAAGUUGAUCUUGAAAUUUGGGCCCACGAACAUAGUUAUGAACGAAUGUGGCCGAUGUACGAUUUCCAGGUUUAUAAUGGAACUUAUAAGGAACCAUAUAGAAAUUAUAAAGCUCCUGUUCAUAUUAUAACUGGAUCAGCAGGUUGCAAAGAGGGAAGAGAAAAAUUUGUCCCUGAAAGGCCAAACUGGUCUGCUUUUCGAAGUUCAGAUUAUGGAUAUACAAAAAUGAGAGCUUUUAAUAAAACCCAUCUCUACUUAGAGCAGAUUUCUGAUGAUAAAGACGGUGAAGUUAUAGAUCACUUUUGGCUCAUAAAAGACGAAAUCUAUCCAAAAUUUAUAAAUCUAACAAAAAGGAAUUAAAUUUCUAAUUUAAUUAUAAUACGAACAAAAUAUGUUUCAAAAUUUCUUGAAAUUUUCUUUUCUUUAUAAUACUCUUAAUUUUUAGGAACAAAUUUUCAAAUAUCUUUUUAAAAACAUAAUUUAAAUUUCUUUUGAUAUUUAAAAAUAAAGAUAAUAAUUAUAUGUAAGUAGCGAAAAUUAUUCGUUAUAACUUUUUUAUGCAAAAGUUUCUAAAUACUCAAAUUUUUAAUAUUAAAAAAUUCUAUCACCCAUUUACGUGAUAAUUCUAAAAUUAAAAACAUGGACGAACAAAUAAAUAAAAAAUAUAUUUACAAUCAAA